CCGCCGUGCACGCCGCGCGAGGUACAUAUGGCACUGACACUGACGGGACGCGGACAGCGCGGACGACGAUGACAGCGGCGGCGGCGACGACCACGACGCGACGUCGCGCGCAAAUCUCUUCGAGGAACGGCCGCGAAAACGCCGACCGCGGCGUAGCGAGGGGGAAGGGAAUAAAAUAAGAGCAAUACACUCCCGCGACAGAUAAACACCGUCCGCGAACCGACGGCGGAACGAUCAGCUGCGACUCGCGAGGGGACGGAGGAGACGCAUGGUCGCCACUCGCGACGACACGCGGGACGAAUGUCACUACGCGGAAAGAGAUAUCGUUAUUGGCGAUCGAUAUCGCGAUCUUAGAAGUCUCGACACUCUCCAACACUCUCGACCCGACACUCUCGACAUGCUCGACGGCGAAGAGAAAGAAUUUUUAGGCUGAACGCAAAUCGACUCGGAGCCGGAGGACUCCGGCAACUUCGACCAAUAAUACGACAGGGAUAUGAAUAAUUUGAUAAGGAGAUGCUGACCGCAUGUCGUGUGAUUCUAAGCUGUUAAUACCCAGUCCGCAGGAUUCUGGAUAUCCCGACAGAUUUAAUUUAAUUUGUAAUUAUUAAAGAGAUAAAGUGCCGAACAGGAAGGAUCAAGGGACAUAUAAAACUGAGGCAUACUUCGACGACAGAAAUGGAAUGCUUGGAGAGAAUCGAUCAUCCGGGAUCGUGGGUGAAGGAAAAGUACCAGGAGGUACAGAAAUUGUUGAGGGAACGCGAGACGAGGUGCUCCAAUAAGAUUUACGAGAGAAAGAACAAAGCUGUAGGAAUUCUAAUGGAGAUCCUGGAAGCGCUCACCCACUGCAAAGAGCCCCUCUGCACCGUCGCGGCUGCGAUAACUCAUUUGAACAUAGGUAUAUUACAGGCUGACUUGGAAGACACCGGACUCGCCACGGAAUAUUUCAGAAAGUGCAUCGAUUUGUUGGAGGACAGCAAACUGACGCCCGAAGGCAUUUUACCGGCUAUAAGCGCCAAUAAUCAACUGGGCCUGAUUUAUGCGCAACGAGGUUCGUACGAGGAAGCUAAAGAUUUCUUGAAGCAAGCGGAAGGCUUGUACGUCAAGUUUACGGAGGACGUUGGACUCGAGCCUGUUCACAUGGUGACCAUUAUGGGGAUCGAGGAGAUAGAAGGAGAUCUGUGCGCCAAGAGCAUCCUCGAGAAGCUUCACACGUUGACUCUGUAUUAUUUGGCGCAGGUAUGCCGCGAGCUAGACGAUAAAUGUAGCUUCGCUCUGUAUUGUCACAGAACGCUGAGCAAACAGCUGAGUCAAAAUAAGAUAACGCAAGAUCUGGAUUACGUCGACUGGGCACUAAAUGCCGCGACAAUAUCUCAGUAUUUUAUAGAACAAGACAAAUUUCCGCAGGCGAGACAUCAUCUGGCCGCGGCGUCCUACAUACUGGAGAGAUACGCGGAGAUCUUGACGGCGAAGGGUACCAGGGAGACGAGCGAGACCAUCGCCGCGGAAUACGAAAAUUACGAUCACAGAUCGGCGAAUGUCGCUAGGUGCUGGGCCAAGUACGGUAUCGGUCUUCUGGGAGCGUCCAAGGAGAGAUUAUUGAAGAAGGCCGAGCAGGAGGAUCAGGAUUCGAAGCCCGCGAAGGUUUCCGAUCAAGUCUGCAAAUAUCCUCAAACCGAAAUCAUGGAGGACCCAAGAUUUGUAGACCUGGAACCGGAAUUGGCGCCGAUCACCAAUGAAAUCACGGACAUGUACUUGUUGGACUUCAACGACGCCAGGCCGGUGUUCUUGAACGUUCGGAAAUGGUUGGAUAAGGCGAAGGAAUAUUACACAUUUGAGAAUCACGCGUCGGAUUACGCCUGGAUUGCUCAGGACCUCUCACAAGCGUACAAGUUCCUGGCGUUUUUCGAAGACAACGAGGACAGGCAGGCGAGGAUGCACAAACGGCGGAUAGACAUUCUGGAGGAAGUGAUCGAGGGAUUGUGCCCGCGGUUUUACCGUGUUAUCUGUAGGGAAAUCUGGAUCGAGCUGGCGGAAACGUAUUCGGAGAUUCUGGACUUGAAGAUCGAUCGUCUGCAAGCGUCCAACGAAAAGCCGACCGCGCAGGUGGUGGCGAAGAUCGAGCGCCUGGCGAGAAGCAGCAUAAAGCAUUAUCAGUCGUACUUGAAUUCUCUGGAGACGAAAAAGUCCGAGAGCGGAGUCGAAUCCUUCUCGGACGACUUGCUGUAUCCGGCGUUGUACACUUAUUUCCACGUAGGAAGAUUGUACAACAAGAUCAUAACUUCCGACGUGCAGCAAAAGAUAGAAAACAUGCAGAAUAGCGUCGACGCUUACAGCUUCGUCGUUAAUUACUAUAACAAGCAUCCUGAGAGGCAAGAGAAGUUGGAGAAGUACGAAUUUAUAAAAUUAUCCAAAGAAUUUGUCACAUUGCUACCGCUCACGUUAGAUAGAUUGAAACAGCAACAAAUAAAUCAACAGUAAUGUUACUUCUCUUUUUUUUUCACUUUACACUUUCGUGAAAAUGUAAAAUAAUAUUUUGUUAUAUUUUUUUCCGCGCAACAAACGAUUUUUGUUACGGAGGAAGUACGGAAAUUUAUAUCUGCAAGGCAUUUAUGUAUAUUGCAUGUAUUUAAAUUUUAAAAUGAAUACUUUUUCAUGCGUUACCAAUCAGCCCAUCUCGUAUUGCCAUAUUAAAGAUAUAUUUAAGAUGAAAAAGUUA